AUGCCUGAAUCAGAGACGUUUUCGUUUCAAGCUGAGAUCUCUCAGUUGAUGAGUCUUAUCAUCAACACCUUUUAUUCCAACAAGGAAAUCUUUUUGCGUGAGUUAAUCUCGAACGCGUCAGAUGCUUUGGACAAGGUGCGAUAUCAAUCAUUGACGGAUCCUUCGGUGCUUGACUCGCAAAAGGAGCUCUUUAUUCGCAUCACGCCUGAUAAACAACACAAUGUCUUGUGUAUCCGUGAUACGGGUGUUGGCAUGACAAAGGCUGAUUUGGUCAACAACCUUGGUACCAUUGCAAAAUCCGGCACAAAGGCAUUUAUGGAGGCAUUGUCUGCUGGUGCUGAUAUCUCCAUGAUUGGUCAAUUUGGUGUGGGUUUUUAUUCUGCCUACUUGGUGGCUGACAAGGUGCAAGUGAUCACGAAGCAUAACGACGACGAGCAAUACAUUUGGGAAUCCGCUGCUGGUGGUCACUUUACUAUCACCCUUGAUGAAGUCAAUGAGCGCUUGGGUCGUGGCACCGAAUUACGCUUGUUUAUGAAAGAGGAUCAGCUUGAAUAUCUUGAAGAACGACGUAUCAAGGAUGUUGUCAAGAAGCAUUCAGAGUUCAUCUCCUAUCCAAUUCAACUUGUUACCGAAAAGGAGGUUGAAAAAGAAGUGCCCGAUGAAGAAGCUGAACAAGAAGCCAAGGAAGAUGAAGAAAAGCCGCGUAUUGAAGAGGUCAAAGAUGAGGAUGAAGAGAAGAAGCCCAAGACAACCAAGAUCAAAGAAAAGGUCAUUGACACUGAGGAGCUUAACAAGACGAAGCCUAUCUGGACCCGUAAUCCUGAGGAUGUCAAGCCUGAGGAGUAUUCACAAUUUUACAAGGCACUCACCAAUGACUGGGAAGAUCAACUUGCUGUCAAACACUUUUCAGUGGAAGGUCAGCUUGAAUUCCGUGCCAUUCUUUUUGUCCCACGUCGUGCACCAUUUGACAUGUUUGAAACCAAAAAGAAGCGCAAUAACAUUAAGCUUUACGUACGACGUGUAUUCAUUACAGACGACUGUGAAGAUUUGAUCCCUGAAUGGCUCAACUUUGUUAAGGGUGUCGUUGACUCGGAAGACUUGCCACUCAACAUUUCUCGUGAGAUGCUUCAGCAAAAUAAGAUCCUCAAGGUUAUCCGCAAAAACCUUGUCAAGAAGUGUUUGGAAAUGUUCAACGAGAUUGCCGAAGACAAGGACAACUUCAACACCUUUUAUGAGGCAUUCUCAAAGAAUCUUAAGCUUGGUAUCCACGAGGACAACCAAAACCGCAACAAGCUUGCUGAUCUGCUACGCUACUAUUCCACCAAGUCAGGUGACGAGAUGACAUCGUUCAAGGAUUAUGUGACCCGUAUGUCUGAAAAGCAAAAGAACAUUUACUACAUCACGGGUGAAUCACGUGCCUCUGUGGAGAAUUCGCCUUUCCUCGAAGGCUUCAAGAAGCGUGGGUUUGAAGUGCUUUUGAUGACGGACCCCAUUGACGAAUACUGCAUCUCGCAGCUACGUGAAUAUGAGGACAAAAAGUUGGUGUGCAUCACAAAGGAAGGUGUCGAGCUUGAGGAAGAUGAAGAUGAAAAGAAGCGACUCGAAGAAGAAAAGAAGGAAUACGAGCCACUUUGCAAAGCCGUCAAGGAUACGCUUGGUGACAAGAUUGAAAAGGUUAUCAUUUCUGAUAUCCUUACCACAUCACCCUGUGUGCUCACCACCGGUCAAUUUGGAUGGUCGGCCAAUAUGGAACGUAUCAUGAAGGCACAAGCUCUACGUGACAGCACCAUGUCCAGCUAUAUGGCAUCCAAAAAGACACUCGAGCUGAAUCCCAAUCAUGGCAUUAUCAAGGCACUCAAGCAAAAGUUUAGUGAAGAUUCCAGUGAUCGCACCGUGAAAGAUCUUACGCAGCUGUUGUAUGAGACCGCGUUGUUGACAUCAGGCUUUUCACUCGAUGACCCAUCCAACUUUGCUUAUCGCAUUUAUCGUAUGGUCGCCCUUGGCUUGAGCAUUGAUGAAGAUGAUACGGCCAUGGAAGAAAAUAGCACAGCACAAGCAGCUUCAAGUGGUGAUCAACCUGCUGGUGAGACAUCGAAGAUGGAGGAAGUGGAUUAA